GGCGCAGCACGCUGCCUGCGCAGGCCUUUUUUCUUUUUAAAGAAAAACCUACGCAUGAAUAUUUUCACAUAUUCGCCUCAGCUACAGUCCUUCAUGGUGCUUCACGAUACAGGGGAAGGGCAGGGGACAACCUGAGAGGUAGAGGAGCAGUACAUGUGACCAAUCCCACCAUGUACAGCCUAAAGGAGAAGACUAGGGCAAAGAUGCGGAGGGCUAAACACUGGGUUACUAACAGGAGGAUGCUGGUUCUAUUCCUGGUCUUGGGUUUGAUUGGUUUGGCAUUUGUUUCUCUCCCCCUCUUCGACUCUCUACCUCCACAGCCUCUGGAGUGGCACGUUGACCCCACACACAGAAAGUUGGUUCAUAAACACGUUCAGAGCGUUUUGGAUGGUGAGUGUCUUCAGGGUCAAGCACGUCAGGCUUUACUCCGCCUCCUGCCACAUUCCAGUAAAAACGCCAGACCUUUUCUUUGGCGGGACAGCUCUCUGCCUGAAGAGCUCUUUCUGUUUCCUCCUCCAUUUGGAUUUAAAGGACUCAGGGACCAGUUCACUGAUCUGACACAGCUGUUGCCAGAGUCAAGUUCUCAAGUGCAGCUGGACAAAUGCUCUCGCUGCGUCGUCGUGGGAAAUGGAGGAAUCCUCAGAGGGCUUGAGCUUGGGCCACUCAUCAACCAGUUUGACACCAUCAUCAGGUUGAACAGUGGUCCUCUGGGUGAAUUUGUUGCUGAUGUGGGGAAUAGAACCAGCAUCCGUAUGGCUUACCCCGAGAGCACGCCCCAUCUCUGGGCAGACUCUGACCCACGUACGCUGUUUGUGGCUGUGAUUUACAAAGCUGUCGACUUGAACUGGGUCUCUGCCAUGAUCAGGAAGGCUGCUGUGCCACUCUGGGAUCGCCUCUUCUUUUGGCAGAAGGUUCCGGCCCAGGUCCCGAUCGAGUCCCACAGAUUCAGACUCUUAAAUCCAGACGUGAUCCGAGAGACCGCCUUAGACCUGCUCAAGUACCCGCCUCCGAGAAGUCGACUGUUGGGUUGGGACUCGAAUAUCCCUACUCUUGGCGUUACCGCAGUUACCUUAGCCAGUCUCCUCUGUGACCAGGUCAGUCUGGCUGGAUUUGGCUAUAACCUCUCCCAGCUGGGAUGGCCGCUGCACUACUAUGACCAUUUAGCCAUGGAUGCGAUACUUCAACAGAAGAUGCACAACAUAAACAGGGAAAGUGAACUGCUCAGAAGUCUGGUUAAAACUGGAACCCUCUCUGAUCUUACCGGAGCCAUUCAACGUUUAUACCCAAGUUAGCAACCUUAGCAGUUUAAAGCUAAGAUUGCAGGUUCAGUUCCUGGGUCAAACUGAAACUGAAUAAUAACCACUUUGCCAGAGUAGUUGACAAAGUGGUUGUCCUGUCUCCUCCUCUCAGUCAGGAGGUUGUGGAUUAGAUGUCCCACUCUUUUUUUUAUCAUGUAUUUUAAAUUUAAUUUAACUGCUGAGUUUGAUCCAUGUUGGCACUGCUGGUCUGUGCUUGACUUUUUGUGUUUGCAAUGAAUUUUUAUCUUUUUUUUUUUAUAACCCCCACCUGAUUUGUGCUGUUAAACAAGUCUCACUCAUCCACAUAUAAUUACAGAAAUAAGUUAGUUACUAUUAGCAAACUUUUUUUUAGUUAGUCACCUCCUCCACCUUUUUUGAUUUUGAAAAUCAAAAACUUAAACAGGAAUAUAAACCCUUGCAUUGAUCACAGGCUCUUGAAAAUGAUACCACUGCAAAGUAUCCAUACUUAGUUGUGCUACAUUUGGCUAUUCUAUGCUAUUGUUUUAGCUUUUAUACAUUGGCUGCAAUACAAUUGUACAAUUGUAAUUCAACAUAUAUGAAAUUUAAAAUCCAAUGUGUAAAUGGUAGUUUAAAAAGCGUGAAUAUAGGAUUAUACUAUGGACCUUUCAAAUAUGUGUCUAUUCUUUAUUUUGCAGUGGUGAAUUGGUGGGCUAUGAUUUUUAAACCACCCUUUUUAAAUAUAUUAGAUAUUAAAUAAUUUAUAAUUGGCCAGCAUU